UUCCUCUCCGAGGCCCCAGCGUGCAUUUUCAGGGCAAUGUCACCCGGCUCCCUUUCCCUUUGCGCUUUUUUGCUGUUGAACCUCCUCACCUCGGGUUCAAGAGCUGCCGACCGUAGCACUGAGGCAGGAGAGGCCUCCAUCUCCGAUCCAUCAGCAGAGUGCGUGGCCUACUACUACGCGCCGUCAGCCACACAAAUCCACUCCUUCCCUACGGUAUGGCAGCCUGCGUCUAUCCUUGCCAAUGAUACCGCCGCACAAGCCAAAUGGCAGUCCAUUAUGGGCAGUAUUCCGACGACUAUCUUACCCAAGGGAACUAGCACCGGAAACUUCACGAACGUCACGUAUUCCGCAACUGACCCAGAUUGUUGGUGGAGCUAUCAUCAAUGUGUCCAGCCCAAAUUGGCUGGACUACCUGCUGACAUCGCUUCUGUUCCGGAGCCUGACACUCUAGGGUUUGGGUUCGAUGAUGGACCGAAUUGCUCUCAUAAUGCGUUCUAUGACUAUCUGACUAGUCAAAAUCAGAAAGCUACGAUGUUUUACAUUGGAAGUAAUGUCAUGGAUUGGCCGCUGGAAGCGCAAAGAGCAGUGGCCGACGGACAUGAAAUUUGCGUUCAUACCUGGUCUCACAGAUACAUGACAUCAUUCAACAGUUCGGACGCCUUCGCAGAACUCUACUAUACCAUGCAAGCAAUAAAACUCGUUACUGGCGUGACGCCGAAAUGCUGGAGGCCCCCUUUUGGUGAUGUCGACGACAGGAUACGAGCAAUCGCAAAUGCCCUUGGCCUUCAAACUGUCAUAUGGAAGUAUGACUCGAACGACUGGAAGGCAGGAACAGGGAAUAUUACUACUGCCACUGUAGAUGCCAAUUAUCAAGCAUUGAUUAACAACGCCACUAGUGGAACCUUCAGUACACAAGGUACCAUAAUGCUGACCCACGAGCUGAACAACUAUACCAUGUCGACGGCAAUGAAGUGGUAUCCACAACUGAAAUCUGCCUUCCAGUACUUGGUACCCAUCGCUGUCGCAAUGAAUAACACUCAGCCGUAUGUCGAGACCAACUACACGUUUCCUUCAUUCCAACAAUACAUCGCGGGACAGACGACUGCAAAUACCACAUCAACGUCUUCUUCAUCGAACAAUUCUGAUGCUGGCACAGUCGUGUUUAGUAGUUUGACGCUGCUGGGACUGGCGUUGACCGUCCUGGGGACAAUUUGAUUGCUAUAUUAUACCGAUUACCAUUCAGUAGCAACGGACAGUAGUAGUAGUAUACCUAGGCAAAUAUUACGUUGACGAAGACUUGGUACUUAUCAAAAAUGGUCUGGAAAGUACGGACCGGUCUAGGCCGACGAGCUCCAGACAUUUCUAGACGGUUCAUUUGACC